AUGUGCCCAAAUUCCCAGGACCCAUCAAGACUCACGGCAACUUCCGUGAUGUCUUACAAAGCAGUUACUGCUAGUAAGCCAAAACAGCUUCCUGAGGCACCCAGGAAAGGCACGGCCUAUAGAGCCACUAAAAAACUUGAUAAAAAUAAUAAUGAUUGGCAUAUCAAUAAUGAACAUUAUAAUAUCACACAUAAAUUCAAUCAAUUCACUAAUAACUCGACUCUAAUAACUCAUAAUAAUACUCAUCACUUGACCAAUACUACCCAUACCACUACUAAUACUAAUAUUAAUACUACUAAGGAUAUUAAGGAUAUUACUGUUAUUGAGGGAGAGGGAGCUAAUACUAAGGAAACCCCUUUCAGGGGUACCCUUGGACCAAGCACCGUAACGGAGGAUAAAGAUUUUCCAGUAUAUUCAUUUAAUUCUAAUUUUUCCGUUACGGGGUCAGGUCCAACCAACAGUACUACAGUUGUACCUAAUACUACCACUACCAGUAAUACUACUAAGGUUACUGAGGAUACAGGUACUGUUGGACCAAGCACCGUAACGGAGGUAAAGGGAGCUAAUUCUAUGCCUUUGGAGUGUACUAAUAGUAGUAUUAAUACUAAGGAUUUUGGGGAUACAAUAAAAGAACAGAAUAUGUAUAUGAAUAUUCGAGAUCAUGCAGUAUUAACAGAAGAGGAAUUAGCAACAUUUAGAACAUCAUUUUGUACGAAGCAUCAUCAGAAUAAGUGUCCGAAUAGUGAUUCAUGUGAGAAGAGUCAUUGUUUAACAUGGCAGAGAAGGAAUCCUUAUGAGAUUAGUUAUUGUCCACAUCUAUGUCCUAAUAUCCAAUUUGUAAAGAAAUCACGUAAAAUGGUACUCUAUAGACGUUGUACAAGAGGUAAAAAUUGUAAUUUUGCCCAUUCCAAGGAGGAGGAACUUUAUCAUCCACUCGUAUAUAAAACUAAACAAUGUUCUUCUUAUCCUAAAUGCUCCAGAUAUUUCUGUCCAUUUAUACAUGAACCACAUGAAUUAAGAGAUAUUUCAAGAUUCAAAAAUUCCUCCGUAACGGUGUCUGGUACCACGGCCACUUGUUCCACAAUGACUGGUACCACAGGUCCAUCUGAUAGUAUUCCACCACCAAAGGUUAUUACUACUCCUGGAAAGGGAGCUAAUUCUAUGGUUAUGGAGUGUACUACUAAUAAUAGUAAGGAAGCCCCUUUCGGGGCUGGUACUAAGGAUACUGGUGCCGUUGGACCAAGCACCGUAACUGAGGAAGAAAAAGAAAAGGUAGAAAUGAUAGAAACAUCAUUUGAAUUUGAUUGUUUGGAUACAAUAAAUGGACAAGAUACUUUUAGAGAUGGUUUUACAAAUAAUUCAUUUGAAUCCAAUUCUACUAAAGAUAAUCUCGAUCAUUUAAUUAAAAGUCCAAAUAAAUCCAAUAUUUGGGAUAAAAAUGAAGAAAUGGAAAAUGUAAUGUGGUAUGAUUUACCAAAUUUGAAUAUGAAUGUUUAUGAUGAUUCAUUAAAACCAUUAUAUGAACCAUUCAAUUCUUAUUAUUCUUCUAUAAAUCCUUAUAAUACUACUAUUAAUCCUUAUAAUACUACUAUUAAUCCUUAUAUUAAUAUACCAAAUACUAUGCCAAAUAAUAGUAUAAUAUCGAAUAAUAUGAAUAUUGGUAUGGAUAUUGGAUAUACAUAUGAAAAUUAUCAUGAUGAACAAUAUUAUACUAAUUAUCCUAAUUUAUCAUCUACUAUAAAUAAUAAAAAUAAAAAGAAAAUUUCUUCUUCCGUAACGGUGACUGGUCCACCAAAUAGUAAUGGACCUGAUAGUAAUAGUAGUACUAGGGUUACUGGUAAUAGUAGUAAUGAUAGUAAGGAUACUAGUACAGUUGGACCAAGCACCUUUACUAAGGAUAUUACUACUAAUAAGGAUAGUAAGGGUACUAAGGAUAUUAAUACUAAGGAUACUACUAAUACCAAGAAUACUAAGGGUAAUAUGAAUACUAGUACUGAGGAAGUUGGUGCUGUUGGAGCAAGCACCGUAACGGACACCGUAACGGAAGAAAAUUAUUAUUCAUAUGAUUAUUAUAAAUCAUAUAAUAAUUAUCAAUUAAAAGAAUUUCCAGAUUAUAAACCAUACACCGAUGAUUACAAGGGAUAUACAGAAGACUACAAAGGAUAUACAGAAGACUACAAGGGUUACACUGAAGAGUACAAACCCUAUGCCGAUGACUAUAAAGGAUAUACUGAAGACUAUAAGGGAUAUAGAGAAGAAUAUGGUUUUGUGGAUAAUAUGGGAUUUGUAGAUAAUAUUGGAUUUGUAGAAGAUUAUAAAGGAUAUUAUGAUUAUGAAACUUAUCAAAUGAAUCCAAUGGAUCCAGUCAAUUCUAUGAAUCAAAUGGAUACAAAUUAUCAAAUGGAUUCCAAUUAUUCAAUGAAUCAAAUGAAUCCAAUGGAUCCAGUCAAUUCAAUGAAUCAAAUGGAAUCGAAUUAUUCGAAUAAUUAUUCAUAUGAUUUUGGUACCGAUUAUAUGAUUAUUCAUUCAAUGAUAUGCUUGUUAAAUUCAUUAAUGAAAUUGGUGAUAAAUAAUUCCAUAACGGUGUCUCCCGUAACGGUGCUUGGUCACACAGCAACAGUUGUACCUGGUACUGAAGUUACUACUGAUACUACUGGUACCAUAGGAGCAAGCACCGUUACUGAGGGAAAGGGAGCUAAUUUUACAGCCACCGAGUGUACCCCUGAAAGGGAGCUAACUACAGCUAUGGAGUGUACUACUAGUACUAAGGAUAUAUCUAAUAGUACUAAGUACUAUACUAAGUAUCUAAGGUACAUAAGUACUAGGGUAUUAUGA